ACCUUGAAGAUCGCGGGUAUUUUUCCACUGGCGGCUGAAGAUGGAGAACAAGAACAAUGAAGUGAGUGAUUUGAAGAUAAUUAUUGUAGGUAUUAGCGGCCCCUCUUCAUCAGGCAAGACAACCGUGACGAAAAAUCUCCUUAAUUUGUUGGAUUGUCAAAUUCUCCAUCAAGAUGACUUUUAUUUCCCUGACGACCAAAUUCCCGUUGACCACAAAACCGGUGAACAAAACUGGGACCACCCUGAUAGCAUUGACUUUGACAAAUUCAUCACCUAUAUUCAGAAGGUGAAGGCGGGAGAAGAAUUUCCCGAAAAAAUUGACACUUUGGAGCCCGAUAUCAACUUGAAGUUAUCUGCUCAAGAAAUCACAGAGUUGAAAGCUAAACUCCAAAACCAGCUUAAGGGCGUCAAAAUUGUGUUGGUGGAUGGGUUUAUGCUCUUUCAUGACAAAACACUCGUUGAUUUGUUUGACUUGAAGUUGUUUUAUUAUUCUACAUACGACUGCCUAAAGUCUAGAAGAGCUAACCGGAAAGGCUAUUCUACCAUUGCAGGAUUUUGGGUGGACCCUCCGAACUACUUUGACGAUUACGUAUGGCCGGCCUACGCGAGUUUUCACAAGCAUUUAUUCACCCAUGCAGAUGUCAACAAUACCUUGAACGAGCAUGCUCUUGUGGAUUUAAAGAUAAGAGCGUACAAGAACGACGAUAAUAGUAACAUCACUGAAAUGGUUUCGUGGUCCAUCGAACAGAUCUUGGACUACACCCGAGCUUUAUAGAAACAUUAUAUAUUGCAUGUAUUUAUUUAUUCAGGGCAACCUACUUUU